AUGUCUCCGGAGCUGUCCAGAUCCCUGCAAGCUGCGCCACCAGUGACUGAGAUCGAACUGAAGUUGACCAGCAUGCCCUACGAAAUACUACAUGGAAUCAUCGAUUUCGCAAUUCCUGUGGCCCCCUACACCUAUGCACUCAAUUGCCAUUACAACACCGAUGGUAACAGUCGCCGCGUCGAAUUUCUCUUCGGCGAUCCUUCGAAUGUUAGUGUUCUCUUCGUUGCGAAGGAUAUCCGCCAGAUCGCACGAUAUGUCCUCUUCGAACGCGCAAGGGCUGAAUACUUCCUUGACGAAUCGAUACCCCUCUGGCUGAGGAUUGAGACUUGA